AGUAACUGAGGACAGAACUUGUUUUAACGUACUACAUGUCGCCCUCUACGGGUGCAGCGGGGUUAGUUUCCAAAACCUAGUCAGCAAGGCAGGUUGCUUAGUACGCCCUUUCCAACCUUACUGAAGGCCCCUUUUUUCCCAUAGUUUUUAUAGCGCUCUGCCUGCCAGAAGUUGCAGCGUGCUGCAGCUCGUCUUGUUCUCACAAAAUGAUAGUCUUGUCCGGAAGCAGCCUGGUUUUGCCUCAUGCACUGAUGUUGCACUUAAGUAUUAACCACAUCCUUGUCAAAGCCAAACCCACACGCAUGACAAAACCAACUGAGUUUACUAAACAGCAUGUCAUCUGAUUGAAGGGAAAAUGAUGCAGACUGCACUUGUUUGGGCCAAGUGUUGUGCUGAAAUACGAGGCCACGCAGUUGACUGAAAGGUCCUGAAAGGUGAUACCUUAUAAGAAUACCUAAGGAAACAUAUUCAUUGGGCAGAUUACUAUGUCUAAAUUGUCAGUUAUUUAAAAAAAUCUUUGAAUUUUAAAUGCAAAUGUUUUCUAUCAUCGUUUCAUACAUUUUUGACAUAUUUUGAUUAAUAAGUGUCAAUGGUAAUAAAUAUCUUAUGAUGUAACGUGGAAUAUCAUAUUUUGUUUGCUCUUUGAAGACACAUGAGUGAAGAUGUUUAAAUAUUUAUUUUUGAUUUUUUUUUUUUUUUCAAACAUUGUAAUACACAUUUUAAUAUGCAAUGAGUCAUUUUAAAGAUGUUUUUUUUUUUUACUAUGCAUUUUGGCAUUUUCUUGGUUUUAUUCGUUUGACAUUUCAAUCUGAACUAACUUAAUGUGCCGCAAAAGGUCAUAUUGAUUUUUCUGAAGACAUGUGACAUACUGUAUCUCGAGUGUCUACGGGGGUCUUCUGUGAUGUCAUUUCCCGUUUUAAGGAUUUCUUGUCAAAACGAUCUCAACCAACUGUACAGCAGAACUAUAAAGUGGGAGUAAAAAUAAAUUGAAAUAAACAUUUUUCAGGCACAAGUGAUCCGUAUGUGAAAUUCAAGCUGGACGGGAAGACCUUGUACAAAAGUAAAGUGGUGUAUAAAAAUCUCAACCCUGUGUGGAACGAGACUUUCUCCUUCCCGAUCCGCAACCUGGACCAGAAACUCUUCAUCAAGGUUUACGAUCGAGAUCUGACAACGGAUGACUUCAUGGGGUCCUGCGGUGUUGAGCUGAACAAACUGGAGCUUGAAAAAAGCAGCGAGAUGGCGCUUUCGCUGGACGACCCCAACAGCCUGGAGGACGACAUGGGGGUCAUCGUCGUCGAUAUCUGCUUAUCUGUGAGGGACAACAAAAACAAGAAACAAAGGUGGGCCCAAAGGAAAAAAAGGAGCCUCGCGGGAAGUACAACGGAGCAUAACAAGCGUCUCACGGAGUCUAUGAAGAAGAGUCAGCUCUGGACCGGGAUAUAUACCAUCACUCUGGUGGAGGGCCGGGACUUACAGCUGGACGGACAGGGGGACGUGUUUGUGCGCUUUAAACUGGGAGAUCAGAAAUAUAAAAGCAAGAGUCAGGUGAAGAAGGUCAGCACACAGUGGAGAGAAAGAUUCGACUUCACCCAGUUUCCGGAUACGUCCAGCGUACUAGAGAUUGAAGUGGUGGGGAAAGAGGGACGGAGAUAUGAGGAUUGCUACGGACAGUGUGAGAUCGACCUGUCUGGGUUGCCGCUCAACGAAUCCACGCUGUUUAAACGCGAGCUGGACCCGGGACGAGGCAGGCUGGUGUUCCUCGUCACCCCCACUCCCUGCACCGGAGCCUCCAUCACGGAUCUGGUCGCUCCUCCGCUGGAAGAGCCUCACGAGAGAGACAACAUGCUGCUUAAAUAUAGUUUCAGAAACUCCCUGAAGGAUUUGAAGGAUGUUGGUUUUCUUCAGGUUAAAGUGAUCAAGGCCACUGACCUCAUGGCUGCUGAUCUAAACGGAAAGAGCGACCCAUUUUGUGUCCUGGAAUUGGGAAACAACCGGCUGCAGACCCACACCAUAUACAAGACCCUCAACCCUGAGUGGAAUAAAGUCUUUACGUUCCCAGUAAAAGACAUUCAUGAGGUCCUGGAAGUGACUGUGUUUGAUGAGGAUGGAGACAAAGCCCCAGAUUUCUUGGGGAGGGUGGCCCUUCCUUUACUCUCAAUACGUAAUGGUCAGCAGGUCGUUUGUCCUCUGAGAAAAGAGAACUUGAGGGGACUGUCUAAAGGAAGCGUAGUGCUGGAGCUGGAAGUCAUUUACAAUUCUAUCAAAGCAAGCAUCAGGACCUUCACACCUAGAGAACAGAAGUUCAUGGAGGACAAUGCCAAGUUUUCUAAGAAGGUUCUUGCCAGGAAUGUUCUUCGAGUGAGGAACCUCUAUCGUGCCAUCUGCCACACCAACCAGUUCAUCAAGAGCUGUUUCCAAUGGGAAAGCGUGCAGAGGAGCAUCAUAGCAUUUCUGGUCUUUGUUGUAACAGUGUGGUACUGGGAUUUCUACAUGCUGCCCAUGUUCAUGGUCCUUCUCAUUGCGUGGAACUAUCUCCAGAUCGCCUCUGAGAGAGUCACCAGAGACCUAGACACCAUGGAGUUAUAUGAAGAGGAAGAUGAAGAUGAAAAGGAAUCAGAAAGAAAAGGUCUGAUGGAGAAAAUUCACAUGGUUCAGGAGAUUGUCAUUACGGUCCAGAACCUUCUAGACGAGAUUGCAAGCUUUGGUGAAAGAAUAAAGAAUACAUUCAACUGGUCAGUGCCAUUCUUGUCUAAUCUGGCCUUCCUGGUCCUCGUCAUGGCCACGGUGUUCACUUACUUUAUUCCAGUACGCUACAUUAUUUUAGCAUGGGGUAUACAUAAAUUCACAAAGAAACUGCGCAAUCCAUAUGCCAUUGAAAACAAUGAGCUGAUGGAUUUCCUCUCCAGAGUGCCUUCAGACGUUCAGAUGGCACAGUACACCGAACUGAGCAGCUGUAAUUUCUACAGUCCUUACAGGAGAAGAAAAGCAUCUCCUUAGACACUAAAAGGAGAAAACCUGGUCUCCUGAGAACAUUCUGUGUGAAGAGCCUUUGAAGGUGCCAGUACUUGACGGCCAGGGAAAGAUUUCAGCAUGUAUUUAAAAAGGUGAAUUGCAGUUGAUCUGCUUUUUUUGAGCGAAUUGAAAUCGCCCACCUCAGAUGGUCCGGUCUUCACUGCUGGGUCGUGCUGAACCGCCUUGGUUGAUAACACAGAUGCAUAUUAACACUCACAGCAGCGUUGAGGGAUGAAGAAAUGUAAAUGGCUUAAAGCGAACAGUUAAAGAGUAUGAUACACCGCAGUGGGCCUUAAAAGUUUAAACGACACAUCGUGUACAGUACGAGUGCAAUACAGUCCAAUGCUUUGCUGUUUUAUACUCGAUGCACUUCCUGUCAAAAGUUUCGUAAAGACGUUUGUAAAGUUGCGUUCUCUACAAGCUUAUUUUUGUUGAAUUGAACAUAUAUUGAAACAGUGUUUUCCAAAGGUGGUUUCAUUCCUUUUGUUUUUAUCUACUUGCAUUUUAAUUAUUGCAGAAUCAUGCAUGCAUGGAAAAAAAAACAUUUUAAAGCGCCUUUGACAGACUCUAGGUGUCAGUUAUUUGAACUACAUUCUUCAGAUUUUUAUUUUUUUUGUGCAAUAUGUUUCUAGACAUACAGAUUUUUACAGAUUGACUUCUGCUCACGUGAGCGUUUAUGAAUAUCACGGACGUUUGAGCGAGUAUUUUUGUACUCUUUCGGUUUUGUAUCACGGCCGUUUCACAGUAAACAUUUACCGCAUUUAA